AUGCGUCAGUUCACGCAGGUGUCGAUUUCGCCAUGGGCAAACCCGUUCAAUGGUGCAACGGGAACAGGGCAGAACUACUACACAUCAAGUGCCCCGAAGCAGCCUACCUAUCGACGGAUGGUCGCACCACCGGCACCAAUAUUCUUCCAUCCGGAAGUUGAGCAAGUCGUUGGCGAAAGUGAUAACGAAGAUGACUCAGGCAGUGCGCCGAUUGAGUCCGCUGCAUCACCAGAGGCCCCAGCUGCCCCUGAAGUACCUGCACCAGAGGCAGCAGAGCCAGCGCCGCCGUCGCCUCCUCCACCUCCAGCACCUGCACCAGAUGCGACUGAUAUCGAACCUCCAGCUCCUCCCCCAGAUGCACCACCGCCGCCACCAGAUGAUGUGGAGAUAGUAACAACAGAAGGAGACGCACCGUCGACCAGUGAAGUCAUAAUCGUUGAUGUCCAAAACGAGCCGCCACACGAAGAUGCUGUUGUACAUGUACCUCCUCCUCCACCAUUUGUAGAAGCGAGUCCGAGCACACCACCUCCACCGCCACCCGUUGAAGUCGUACCUGAGCCAUCUAUAGCUGGAAGUGAGAAGAGUGGUGAGUCCGAGCAGGCCGCUCAAGAGCCCCCGAAAUCCCCCGUCAUCAAAUUCGUUCACUUUGCGUCUGACACGAAAGAUCCAGACGCUGGCAACAGCAAGAAGAAAAAGAAGCUGCUAAUUGGCAAGGGCAAGCCCAAUGCUUUCGUGCGCGUGAGGGACCCGCCCUCUCCAACCCCCACAUCUCCCAAGGAUGAGAAGAAAAGGGUCAUUGACAAGGUCGUGAGGAAGAAGGAGCGACGUCCAUCAUUUCUUUCCAUCUCUUCUCUUGAAAAGCCUAAGCUCAGUAAGUCGGAUGACCGCAAACGAACGAAGCCAGACGACAAGGAUAAGAAGGCAAAAAGCAAGAAGGAAAAGUCGAAAGGCGAAUCGCCCAGUAUCGCGGAGGAUGAUGAACGAUCACUCGAUAACGAAGAGAGUGUCAUCUCGGAAGGCUCUACGGGCGCGUCCACUGAAAGCCAGGACGCCGUUGUCGGAGAGGCUGCAUCGCCACCACCUCCUCCCCCUCCUCCGCCACCACCUGCAGAUGAGAUCACACCAGACUCUCAAGAACCUCUUGAAAAGUCAGCCGAAACAGCGUCGACACCGUCAGAUGAGACUUACCCAGAAGCAAAGGAGGCUACCUCUGAAGGUGAUCCAGCUCCCCCACCGCCGCCCCCUGCAGAGGUAGUGGCCGAGGACCAAGACGUUGCGAAAGACGAGCCACCGGUGGAAACCGAAGAAGGCACAUCCGCAGAAGAAGGAGCAGUACCUCCACCACCGCCGCUGAUGGAGGACAAUAGUGAACCAGAGGACAAAGCAGAUGUGGCGGAUGCGGCAGAUGCCGAAGCUACUCCUGUAGAAGACGUCGCCCCAGCAGAAGAGGCAAGUCCAACUGAUGAGACUGCCGCGGAAGCUCAAGAAGAUGCCGAUGCCACCACUGAGGGCGAGAAGGCAGAUGGUGACGAUACAAGUAAAGAAGAGCCAUCGCCUUCAGCGGCAGAAGAGCUGCCCGCGGCCGAGCCCGCUGUCGCCGAAGAGGCAGAACCAAAGAACGAUGAAGUGAAAGAAGAAACGCCCACGAACGCCAAAGAGCCUGCGGCAGAUAUAUCGUCUGAGCCUGUCCCAUCGCCCGAAGACGUCAUACCGCCCGAGACCGAUGCCGCUGCGGAAGCAACGGCGGAAGCAAGCAGCGAUUCAGAUGCCGUGGAUGUCGCCAAAGCCGAAGACAAUAAGGAAGACGAGCAAACUGCAGAUGAGCCUGUUACUGGGGCCGAAGAAGCAAGACCCGAAGCCACGGAGACGGCAUCAGUCGAUAUAGCGGAGGACGCCGAGGCGCCCGCUGUCGAAGUUGUGCCAGAGUCUGAGUCAGUUCCCAUAGCUGAAGCACCCAGCAAGCCUGAAGACGAAGCCGUUUCAGAGGACCAAGAAGAGGAACAACCAAAAGAAGCCUUAACCGAAGAGUCGGUGAUCGAGGUUGCUGCAACAGAACCUGCGUGUGAUGAAGCCUCCACGGAAGAAUCUGGGAUUCCGACUGAACCUACAUCGGAAGAACCUCCCACGGAAGAAUCUGCAGUGGAAUCCCCAUCUGAUGAGGUUUCCAUUGAAGGACCUGUUGUCAAUGAACCACCUGCGGAAGAGUCUGCGAAGGAAGAGCCUGUGACAGAAGAACCUACGACUGAUGAAGCCUCAAACGAUGAGCCUCCUAAAGAGGAAUCUCUAGAGGUCGAACUCGCAACAGAUGAGUCCGCCGUCGACCCUUCCGCUCAAGAAAUGGUUUCUGGAGAACCGAAAGUACAGGGAGAGGAAGCUCAGGAUGUAGCUAGUGAGGCUACACCCGAGCCAGCAGCUGAGAGCCAGAGUGCCACCUCUCUGGAAGAAGAUUCAGAGCAAUCAGAUGUCGCGGAUCAACCAGUUGAGCAGGAUAGUGCAGAUGCACCUGCUGCCACAUCGCUGGCCGCCCCGGAUAAAUCUGCCAACCUUGAGGAAAAUAUUGGCUCUGAGGAUGCUUCUGCAGAAACCACCCCCUCAGCCGAUGACACAAAGCCGCCCACAGAUGAGCCCACUGCUGCAGUCGAUGACGGGAACGUUGUCGAGAUUACAGAAUCGCCCGAGCCUGCUGAGAACGCUAGUGCUGAAGCACAAAGUGAAGGGCAAGAAGAGAGUGAAGGUGCACGCGGAGAGCAGCCAGCUGUUGCGGCAACCGUAAACGAAGCACUUGACACGGCACCUCCUUCUGCUGCCAUCGAGGUCACAUCAGAGCAAGGCAACGCCGAAGCGCAAGACUCAACAGAGGUCAAAGCCGAAGACCAAAAUCCCGAGCCCGUCAAUGACGGCAACGACAGCAAUAAAACAGUUGAAGCCGAGGCGCACGAGGCUGAAGUCGAGUCCCAGCCCGUUGAAACAAAGGAAGACACGCAAGAGCCUGAGCACGCGUCUGACAUGGGUGUUGGUGUUGCAGACGGUGAGGUAAGCGAGCAGCGCCCAGAGACGCCCGAUCUCCCAGGCCAACCAGAUGAAGCACCACCAGGCGCCGGAUCGGGCUGGCUGGUCCACGUCGAGGGCUGCAACUCAGAAGAGCCGAUUGGGCCGCGCGACGCGUCUGAUUGGUCGCCUCGCCCAAUCGCUGUUGCUGCCAGCACACAACAGCCAGCGUAUCUGACUGUCACAUCCUCGUCUCGGAAGUUACUCGUCGAAGAAUCAACUGGGGAAGACCCAGCUGCGGCCGGGGACGCUUCGGUGCCCACAAACGAGAACACUGAAAUAAAGCCUGAGCAAACCGAAAGCAAAGAUGUCGACGCCGUAGCGAACACAGAGCAAGUGGUAGUCGCAAUACCGGAAACGGAGAUGACGGAAGUGACCGCACCUGUGGAUGCUGAGGCUGUUGACGAGACCUUGCUCGCAGAAGUGGACGAGAAGGAUACUCAGGACACGCCCGAUGCUCACGAUGAAGAUGACGAUGCUUCUGACUCGCCGUCCGAAUCAGACAACGGGUUUGAUUCCGACUCGGAUGUGUCAUCAAUGCCUCCUUCGAUAGUUGAAGUAGACACUGCAGAAAGUCCUGAGACUACUGAAGGACAGGAGGAGCAAGAGGCCGAUAACCCCGCACCCAAGGACGAGGACACCGCUUCCAUUGCACCUGAAGAAGUUGAAACCGAGUCAUCUAACGCGACAACACAAGACGAUGCAAGCUCAGCCACCACCGUUGAAGUUGCCGAGGCAGAACCCGAUGCUGCUGAAGCAAAAGAAGAGGAAGAAGUACCAGCAAUUGAGAGUGAGGCACCGGUUCCGGAUGCGGAUGUUACACCGGAGGACCCCACUGAAGCCGUACCCGAAGAAGAAGAAUCGAAGCCGGAUGAUGAGUCGACGGUCGAUGCGGCACCAGCAGAUGACAAUGCGGACGUGCCAGCCACUGCGGAAGAUGCCGAAGAGGAUCUCGGUGGCCCUGACGAGGAUAGCGAAGAUGAAGGAACGUCGUCGGUCAGUGAGGCAUCGACCGCGCAGUCUGAAGAGGCUGCGUCCGCGUCGGUGACCGAGCCCGCAGAUGCGCCAAGUCAAGAUGCACCUCCUGAGCAGGAAGAAGAGGCAGAUGAGUCUGUGGUCGUCGAAGCUGAGGAGCCGAGCCAGCCAGAAGAGGCCGAGGAAGCGCCUGAAUCUGAGCCUGUGAACGAGGGGGGUGAUGAAGAGGCUCCUGCCGAGGACAGCUCUGAUACACCUGCACCCGCCGAAGCUGUCGAAGAAACCGAUCCGGCUCCGACGAUAACAGAAGCCAAUGCUGAUGCAUCUGCAACUACAGAGACGGAUGUCACAGAAGAGCCUACGGCCGAUCCAGCUCCCGAGGUAGACGAAGUGCAGGUCGCAGAUGCUGGGAAUGAAGAAGACACCCCCGAGCAACCCGCCCCAGCAAUCGAAGGAGCUGACGAUGCUGCACCGCCGCCACCCGAGGAUUCAAACACGGAGAGUCCAGAGCCGGCGCUGGAGGACGAGCCUGAAGCUAAUCCAGAUGAUUCGAAUGAACCUGAGACUAUCGAGCCGCCUGUAGUUGAGGCAGAAGAGGCCACCGAAGACACACCACAGGAUGAUGCUGUUCAAGCUGAGUCUGCUGAGGAGCCCGCUACCGAGGAACCCGGACUCGCUGUCAUUGAGAAUCUAGAAGAGGUCGACCCAAUAACGCCAACACCUGAGCUUGCAGAAGACGGUGAGGGCGACGUGCCCAAAGCAUUGAACCAACCAGAUGCGCCUGUUGAAGAGGUCGCCGAUCCACCAGCAGCUGAAGAAUCGACUGCCGCAGACGAAGAAAAAGCCGAAGACGCAGCGGACGUAGAGGCCGAGGUUCCAUCGGAUGAGGCCGUCGAGGCACCGUCCACAGAGGUGGAACCCGAGCCAACGGUAGACGCAGAUGGUAUCGUAGAUGCACCGCAGCCAGAUGAAGACGAGUCAAACGAUGCCGAGGAACCUGCGGCAGAGCCAUUAGCGGACGAACCUGCUGAUGCUGAAGCUGAGGAGCCAGUCCCAGAAGUACCUGUCGAAGAUGAGCCUGGUCAAGCUGAAGUCGAUGCACCAGAAGAGGAAACAGGUGCUGCUGAAGCCACAACAGAACCGGAACCAGAAGCGAUCCCGGAAGCAAGUGAAGAGGCAGCGCCAGAGCCAGAGCCAGAGCCAGAGCCUCCGGUAACGGAGGACGUAGUAGAACCAGCGGAGCCCACUCCAGAAGCAGUCGAAGUCGUUCCUGAGCCGGAAGCUGUCGAGGAGGAGGAGGAGGCUGUUGAGGCUGAAGCUCCCGGAGAAUCCCCUGCUGACCCCGUUGCCGAUGAAGCAGCCGCGCCAGAACCGCAGGUAGAGGAAGCCGAGCCCGUGGUGGAAGCGCAAGUCGAGGCACCUGUAGAGGAGACGCCUGUAGAUACGCCAUCCGAUCCUGUGCCAGAGGCAGAAGAGGCAGACCGGACCCUUGAAAGUGAAAACGCGGAUCUCCCCGCUCCCGAACCGAUUGUCGAGAGCCCACGUGACGAAUCGCUACCUCGAGAACGCGACUUCGCCAUAGUCGACGGACCCGCAGUCGAAUCUUCGCCAAGAGAAAAGCAACGGCGGCGACAUUCUCAUACGCACAGACAACGAAGGCGUGAGAGCGAGGCAAGUGUGAAGGAGCGACCCGCAAUCGGUGCUCUUGCUGGAGUCCUUGCGGCCGCAAAACUCUCUAGUUCCGCAAAGACCAAGCGUCGUGACAGUGGCACAGAGCGUGAUACGGGCAGAGGUAAAGAGCGGAGGCGUGAGGAAGAAAGGGAUCACAGCAACAGCAGCAGGGAGCGAAUGUAUCCAGACCACCGCGCAAGUCGCCGUCGCGAUGACAGGGUCGAAGAUCGAUAUGCCAAACGCCGAACAGUGCAAGAGCUUGAUGAAGCAACGGAAGAACAGAAGCGGCGCGAGCGUCGCAUUGAACGGAAACGAAAAGAGGCAGAAGAGGCAGCUAAGGCAUUGGAAGAGGAAGAGCUUCGUCAACAAAGGCGCCGUGAGCGUAAAAUUGCCGCCAAGCUGGCGGAAGAUGAACGUUUGAGAGCCGAGGACGAGCGCCGCAGACAAAAGGAGGAAGAGCGCAUUGCACUAGAAGAGGAAGCGAGACGCAUACGCCACGAGAAGAGGCGGCAGAAAUACGAGGCCGAAAAGGAGGCAAAACGACAGGAGAUCUUACGACUGGAACAACUCGAACAAGCUGAGCGUGAGGAAGAAGAGGCCAGGCGCCUGCGACGUCUGAGACGAGCCGAGCGAGAAAAGGAGAAGCUGGCUCCAUCGCGUCCAAGAAGGGAAUCUGUCGUGGUGCCACGAGAGUCGCCUCGCAAAGUUCCCCGUGACUCCGCUCGCAGGGCAUAUGAAGAAGAUGAGGAAGUCACGCCUGCGCGACCAUUGACCCCUCCACUACCACCCGUGGAUACGGGGUCGCCACGCAGCGCGCCGCGCCGACGGAUGAGUACUCGAGAGACUCCGCCCACCACCAAGCGAAGCAGUAGGCUGGGUGCGUUGUUCGGUCGCUCAAAGACAGAUCCCAUCACACCGCCCUCGAAAUCGACUAGACCGACCACUCGCGUACGCUCAGAUCCGACUGAAGUGCCAGAAGUACCUACCAAAGUGUUGCGCAAAGAUAUCGACCGCCCCGGUAGUAGCCACCAGUCCUCCAACGAGAGUCGCGAUCGUGCUGAGCGUCCCCACCGCAGUCGUAGACAGUCACAAGGCCAGCGUCGAUUUAAAAACCAGGCAGAAGAAGAUGAGUACUACAGACAGAAGGAGAAGCGCAGGUCUGCUCGGCAAAAGGAAUACGAGAUGUCUGGGGGUCGUGAUGGGGGUGUUACAUUCGCAGAGCCUAUCGACGAUCUAGGUCCGCCACCACCCGAGCCAUUCGAGCCGGAUCCUGAGCCUGUUUUCGAACCAGAGCUCGAGCAGGAUGCGUCUCAAUACAUAGAGGAUGAUAAAGCAGAGCUCGGUGUUGCCUCUACAUCGUCUGCCGAACGCCGCGAACGUCGCCGCAGCAGGCGCGAGUCGGGGUUAGAAGAGCGACCCAGAACUCGUCGCAUCACCGUGACCGAAAGGGAGCGACCAGAGGGUCGGCGCAACGAGUCAGAUCGCCCGCGCACAAGGGGUUACGACGAGGAAAAGCCCCGCCCCAGGCGAAGCGAGACUGAGAGGAGGAGCAGCGGACGCAGCUCAAGGAAGAAGGAAGAGUCUGGCGGACUUAAGAGCCUCUUCGGAGGAUUGAAGAAGAGAAUUGCUUGA